AUGUCGGAAGGAGAAAAGUACGAUGUUUUAGAGAAGAUAGGACACGGAUCCUUUGGCAUCAUCAGAAAGGUGCGCAGAAGACAGGAUGGGCAAGUCCUUUGUCGCAAGGAGAUCAAUUACGUGCGCAUGUCGCAGAAAGAAAGAGAGCAGCUCCAUGCCGAGUUUGCGAUCCUCUCCUCACUUCGACACCCCAAUAUCGUAGGAUACUACCAUCGGGAGCAUCUGAAGUCCACCCAGGACCUGCAUCUAUACAUGGAAUACUGCGGCAAUGGUGAUCUUGGGCGCGUGAUCAAGGACCUUCAAGCUAAGAAGCAAUUGGCGGAGGAGGGGUUCGUCUGGAGCAUGUUUUCUCAGUUGGUAACGGCGCUAUUUCGAUGUCAUUAUGGGGUUGAUCCUCCGGAAGUUGGGAGCAAUGUCAUGGGCUUGGGGAACUCCGCAAAUCCUAAACAGCCCGCGAGCAAUGUCAUGAUCCUCCAUCGAGACUUGAAGCCCGAAAAUGUGUUUCUCGGCGAGGACAACUCGGUCAAGCUUGGGGAUUUUGGGCUCUCUAAGAUCAUGCAGUCGCACGACUUUGCUUCGACCUAUGUCGGCACUCCCUUCUACAUGUCCCCAGAGAUCUGCGCCGCAGAACGAUAUACCCUGAAGUCUGAUAUCUGGUCGCUGGGAUGCAUUAUCUACGAGCUAUGCGCGCGAGAACCGCCUUUCAACGCCAAGUCGCAUUUCCAACUGGUGCAGAAAAUCAAGGAGGGGAGAGUCGCACCACUGCCGAACGUCUACUCACCCGAACUCAACGCCGUUAUCAAAGACUGCCUCAGAGUCAACCCCGACCGGCGACCGGAUACCGCGACGCUUCUCAACCUUCCAAUCGUGAAGCUGAUGAGAAAAGAGAAGGAAGUUGUUGAGCUGGGGAGGAUGCUCAAGAACAAGCAAGAAUUAGCCGAGAAGAAACUGGAAGAGUCUGAGAACGUGCUCCGAAAUCUUGAGGCCGAGAAAGUACAAAUGCGACAAGAGAUUGAGUCUACUGUUCGAAGAGAAUGGGAGGUAAAAGCGCAGUUGGAGAUCAACCGCCUUGUCCAAGUUGAGAUCGAGAAGCUUCAGAAGAAGUUCGACCAGGAGGUAAAUGAGAAGGUUGAGCACGAGGUCUCGAAGCGAUCAAGUAUCCAAAGCCACGGAUCUGUCAGAGAUUUUUCUGGAUCUGGCUCAUCUGCGAUCAAUGAUAUACCACUGUCGUCCGUGAGCAGUGCUGGAGAUGAAGACUUCCCGAACUCGACCGGUUUGACAGAAUUGUCAGUAGAUUCUCCAGAGCCGGUCAGGGCUGUCAAGAGGAGCGCUCGCACACCAUUCAGCCGCGCCCAGACCAUGAAUGCCGGUAAUCUUACACCAAUGGAUAUUGAGAUGGCAGAACCGUCACCAAUCUCCAUUGCUUCUCUCUCGCUAUCGCCGCGCCGCAAUGGUGCUACUAAAGCUCCUAUCACUGGACGUAACAUCUUUGCGGAUGCAGCCCGAGCUGAAGCUCGAUGGCAACCAACUCUCAUGAAUUCCGACUCUGAAGACGAUGAUCUUCCUCCCGUGCCCUCCCCAACACGACCAAAGUCCUCAAAGAACCCUUUUAAAUCCCACGGCACUCGACCUCCUCUCCUCUCUCAGCGAACAGCACCAACUCAAAAACAAGUGUCGCAGUCUGCUAUAUUUGCAGCAGGCAAGACUAACACGGCUCCAACAAUCCCUACCCUGUCAAAUGCCCCAGAUCUGCGACCACAAUCUAGCCAGGCUGCUCUCCGCGAGCGUAACAACUCCCCCAACCGUCGACUAUCGAAGAUUCCAUCGUCCACGAACCUCCAAUCCCACGAUAGUGCCGCUACCUCUCCACAACGCAAGACCAGCCAGACGAAGAAGAAUGCAGACGGCGUCGAUCUCAACAAAUUAGCCGCCAAGAACAACUUGGCCACCAAGACACUCAGCUCUGUAAACUUGGCUCCGAAGGGACGUACCUUGGUGGAGCUAGCGCAAGCAAGGGCAGGCGGACGACCAAUGUCAGAGAUCUCUGACGGAAACCGCAGUCCCGAGCCAAAGGGUCGGGCCUUCGCAGCUCGUAUGGCUGAACGAGUCGGCGGCGAGCCACCAGUUUGGGACCCAGAGCACGAUGAGAUGCCCAGUCCCUUCCUAGUGCGGACUCGACAACCAGUCCGGAGACUUUAG